UGAAUAAGGUUGGGGAGAGAGGCAUAGAUUGUAGGUUAUCUUUUGAUUCUUUUCAGUACUUUUAGCUUUGACAAUUUUAAACUGCUGAUGUAGACUGAUAUUUAAAUCUGGCAAUUGAUGAUGAAGAAAAAUAUGCUGAAAAUUUCCUCUCAUGAAUGGAGGAAAUUACUUCCACAGCCACGUGUAAGGCAAUGGGGAAUUCCACCUCUCAGUUGUCUCAUUCUUCUCACUGUGCUAAUGAACAAUAUCAGCUGGACCCCUACUUGUUUCCAAUUAUUUACAUCAUCGUGAUUGUAAUCAGUGUUCCUGCUAACAUUGGAUCUCUGUGUGUGUCCUUCCGGCAAAUGAAGAAGGAAAAUGAAUUGGGUGUUUACCUCUUCAGCCUAUCUUUAGCAGAUCUUUUGUAUUCAGUGACUUUGCCUCUGUGGAUCCAUUAUACUUGGAAUGAAGAUGACUGGGUAUUCGGAGCCACCAUGUGCAAAGCCAGUGCUUUUUUGAUGUAUGUGAACUUUUACAGUAGCUCAGCAUUCCUUACCUGCAUCUCCGUAGAUCGAUACCUGGCCAUAGUAUUUCCCCUGCAGUUUUCCUACCUCCGGACAAGAAGAAUAGCCGUCUAUGUCAGCAUAACAGUCUGGGCAAUAGAAAUACUAUUCAACUCAAAGAUUUUGUUUGAAAAUGAUAUGUAUAUUGAAAACUGCCAAGAUGCCACCAACUAUACUCUGUGCUAUGACAAAUACCCUUUAGAAAUCUGGCAAGCUAAUCUAAACAUCUUCAGGACCUGUACAGGGUUUGGGAUCCCUUUAGCCAUAAUGAUGUUUUGUAAUCACAAAGUGUACCGAGCUAUAGUGAGCAAUCAAGCCACAGACAACCACGAAAAGAAGAGGAUUAUAAAACUGCUCUUAAGUAUCAGCUUGACUUUCCUCUUAUGCUUCACCCCCUUCCACAUCAUGUUGCUGAUUCGCAGUAUUGGGGAACGAAACAAUCACAGUUUUGGCAAGCACAUGUUCAAACCGUACAGAAUCACAGUUGCCCUGACAAGUUUAAACUGUAUUGCUGAUCCAAUUCUCUACUGCUUUGUUAGUGAAACAGGGAGAUCAGAUAUGUGGAAUAUUUUUAAGUCCUGCAGCAAUAAGCAACAACAUGAGAUGUGCAUACCAAAAGAUUCCUCAUUUUCUAGGUCAACAAAAAAUACCGAAUUAGAAAUGGAGCACUGAAUUAAACAGAAUAUUUUUCAAAGCACUGAGUUCCACAGUAUCAGAAUGGAACUUAAAAGUAAAACGAUUUUUUUUAUGAACCUCUGGAAGUUUUUCUCCUAGAUUGUCAAGGCCUUGAGGAUAGGAGUGGAGUCUGAAUUCAACUUUGUAGUCCUAUGAUGUCCUAUAGAAUACCACACAGAGAACAGACAAUAACAGAAUGAUAGUCAUGAGGACAAUGAUAAAAAUUCAGACUGUUAGGCUGAAGAAAAUAAAUGUAAUACUAUGUGUUUGAAAGGGCCUAGAUUAUAUGCUACAAUGAUAGCACAGUAGGCAUUUGUUGGGACCAGGUGAAAACAAGCGAAGUGGAAGAGAUUCAUGACUCUCAAUCCCACUUGCUGAAAUAAAAUUUGUCCCUUUUCUAAAUCUAA